ACACGAGGUCGAAUUAGUUACGAACGAAGUAAUCUGCUUUUCGUUCGUUCAUUUACGAAAACAUUGUUUGCAAGUGACGUGCGUGCUUUUCCAUUUAAUUUCCCCCAAAUCGUCCGAGUUAAGGGCCGAAACCGGGUGCUGUGUAUUUCGCAAUGAAUCCGUGUAUGCGUUGAAGUUUGUACGAUUUUCUUCGAGAAUUACCCGAAUACUUGUGUUAAUCCUCUCGCCUCUCGUUAGAAAAACCCGGAGAAAGUUCUUAGUUUCAUCUGGAUAACAAUCACACACAAGAAUUCCAUCGACAUGUCUCGCAGAGCAGAACAAACUUCGCAUUCUGUUUCAGAUACCAGCAAAAAAAAUAUCAGUGAAAAUGAAUAUACAGAUAGUGGUUUCCUUUCCAGUGGAAACAUGAUAGUUUCGGAAGAAAUCACAGAUGAAUUAGAGGACGUUGAUGAUGAAGAGAAAAAACCAAAGAACGUUAAAAAAACAGAAUAUAAGUCUGAUCUUCAUCAGGACAAAGUCGAGGAAGCUAUGUAUGUCGACAGUGGUGUUAUGUGUUUAUCAGAAGAUUUAUGUAAUUUGAGUAUAGAAGAAAAUCCUAACCUCAACGAUCUUGGUUCAAAACGAAAACCUGUUGAAUGUGAUAGAAACAGGCAGUCGCAAAUUAUAUCUGAUAGGGAAAAUCCGACGGAGAAUGCUUGGAUAUCGUUUUACCAACAGGACGAAGAUGGAGAUACAGAACUUCACCUAGCGAUAGCCAAUGGCAUUCUAGACGUAGCGGCUGCCCUUAUCCAAAUGGCACCUCAUCCUAGACUACUGGACACAGCGAACGAUGACGCUCUGACCCCCCUUCACAUAGCAGUUUCAAGACGUUUGACCAGCAUCGUCAGAUUGCUGAUCAUCGCAGGAGCUAGGCCUGGACCGAGGAAUCUGUCGGGAGAUUCACCGCUGCACAUCGCCGCAAGAUUAGGCGACUUGGACUGUUGCAAAGCCAUAUUGUACCCCGUACAAAGCCAGGAGAGGGAGCAGAUGGUCCUCCGAUAUUCAGCCCAGCUUUAUACGACCUACGAUGUCGAGCAAUGGAAUCACGAAGGCAGAACCUGUUUGCACGUGGCUGCUCAAUAUGGACACAUAGAGAUCCUGAGACACCUGGUGUGGUUUGGUGCUGACGUCAACGCCGGAGAUGGGACGCAGGGCCUUACAGCUUUACAUUAUGCCGUCAUUCGAAAAGACAUAAACCUCUUGAGCUUUCUGCUGUACGAAUGCGACAAAAUCGACUUGAACAGAACGAAUUAUGGUGGACUGACUGCCUACAAAAUGUGUAGAGAUCAAAAUAUCAUCGAAAUGUUCCACCAGAAGGGAGUUUCAGAGUCGCCUUACAACUCCGAAGACGAUUACUGUACGGAUAGUGAGGAUGAAGAGGCUUCUUUUGGCAGUGGGUUUAUUCCUUCAAUGGUAACAAAUAGACCUUUGGUAUGAAAUAUUAGAAAUAUUUCAUUUCAAAUGUCUUCGAAAAUUAAGUGAACAACCUUCCACCAUCACCAAGAAUCAUUUCUUCGGUCAACUUUUCCCAAUGAUUUAUUCGAGACCCAAAGGGACGACUACUUUCGUAUCGUUUUGGCAGUUUUUCAAUAUCCAAUAUGAAGAUGAUUAUAUGUUGAAUUGUAUAGAUUCAGUUCUUGAAUAUGUAUUUCUAACUACGUGUGAAAAAAAUUCUAACACUUAUUGUAUCGAUGUUUGUAAAUAUUAUUACCAGAAAAUUAAUAUUUUUAUCACAUGUAGUGGAAAUUUUUAAUGAAUAUAUGUUCUAUUGUGAACAUUAAAUUAUAUAAUAUUAAA